AUGGGACCGCCUAGCGACGAGGAAAAUGCUAGAGUUGAAAAUAAAAAGCCUAUUCCAUAUAGACGACAUUCAUUGGCUUCCACCACAUCCGUUAGAAGCAUUUUGAAACAAGUUUCCUCUAAUGUUAUUCAUGAUGAUACUAAAGAUGAAAACAAGACAAUUACGGUGAUGCAACAAAGCUUUUUAGAUGGAACAACCAACGCGCUUUCUACUCUUCGUAUGGGCUCCUUUUCUAAGAUGAAGCCUCGUCCUAGCAGGCGUGUAACGUUUGCUCCGGAAGUGACAUUGCACAAAAUAGACUUGAUACCCCAGUAUAUACAACCCGAAAAGGGACCUAGAAGACGAGAGAGCUUUCAAGGGUUUUCUGCUGCGCAGAUUUUACGUGAUGGUCCUUUUCCUGAUGAGGACGAGUUACGGGAGGAUGACGAUGAAGCCAUUGGUAGGGAGAUGUUGAAUGACAGUAGUGAAGAUGAAGCUAGUGCAGCCGAAUCUGAAAACUUGGUUGGUGACUUGCAAGAUCAAGGUAUCACAGGAACACAAGAAGAUGAGCUGAGAGAAAGUGAAUCCUUAUCACCUAUUGUCCCUGAAGAGUUUGAUAGUUUGUUUGAUGAAGCCCCGGAUCAAGCCUUUUCCAUGGAAUUGACCCAGAUUCAGUUGCCAAAACCGUACCAACGUCUGAGUAAUGAUCUUGAGGGUAAACAAGUUUCAAGUUCAGAAUUUCUGGGUGGGGACUUGGAAAAAUCUUCGGUAGAAGUUGUAUCUCAAGCUAACGACAACCAAGUACCCAAGCAAUUACCUCAGACAAUUCUUGACAUUCAGGAGUCUCAGACUGACGAUAUUUUGCCGGUAGAAGUAGGUGACAAUACUUCUCAAGCUGAUUGUCAAAUAAAUCUUGAAGACAAUGUGCCAAUGGAGUUAACUACAACCGUUUCUCAGGUUGACCAGAGCAUAGACAUCGAAGAUGAAGUUCCAAUGGAACUAACCCAAACUGUUUCUCAAACUGAACGGCAAUUCGACAUUCAAAAUGAAGUACCCAUGGAGUUAACGCAGACUGCUUCUCAAGCUGAGCACUAUUUCCACGCUGAAGAUGGUGUCCCUAUGGAAUUGACUCAGACAGUCUCCCAAACACAACAACUUACACACAAAGAACAAGAUAUGGAAGAGAGUUCAAUGAAACUAAACCCUGAUUUUGUUUCUAGAGAUGAUGAACAUUCUAAAACGGAUGCUGAAAUUGAUGGUGAAAACGCCAAAGAACUUGGCCAAACGCAAUCGGCAUACCAACUGCAAAUUCAAGAGGAGUCUCGUAUGACGCAACUGCAACUUGAAGGCCAAUCACAUACUCAUAUUUUUUCUCAACCUGACCAAAGACCACAAUGUGAACUACAGUCGACAACCCAAGAUAGUUUUCGGACAGGGACCGAAUUUGAUAACGGAGAAGUGCAAACGAAGGAAACGAUCACUUUAGAGCUCGCAGAUAAUGAGCUUCAAACAGAUCCAGGUACACUUCGAGCUGAACCAAACAUAGCCGUAGAGUUAAGCAAUCAUAAUUUUCAAGCUGAAACCGAACCACAACACUCUAAGGAGCAACUGCCUACAGGAAACAUUCAAACGCUGCCAGGAUUACAAUCUGCACAGGAUGUACCUGGAAUUCUUUCUUCUGCAUCGCCCCAAAUAUGCAAAGACGUUCAAGAUGAUGACUGUCCAGUCUUAACGGAGAAUGAACAAAUCAAAACUCAGUUUGAAAAUGAUACAAUGCCAGAAGAUGAAAUAAUACCCAUGGAAGUAACACAGUAUAUUAGCCAAGAGAGUACUGAUUUGAAACUGCAAAGAGGCGAGUUAGCUGCAGAUGUAGAAACGGCUCAACAGGACCAAGCAUUGCAAUCUAAAGAUGGGCAGAUGCUAAUGGUGCCAACCCAAGUUGCUCCUCAAACAGUAGCAGAAGGACAGAUUUGUAUGGAAAAUUUGAAUUCGAUUUCUCAGCCUAUUGAAGAAACAGAAUCUGGAGAGAAUCUGCAACCCAUGGAGAUCACUGAACAGGUAUUUACUAGUAUUUUGAGUGCUCCUGUGGAACUCGCUCAUGGAUUGCUACCCGAGGAAAAUGAACCAUUAAAUGAUUCUAUUCGACAGGCAUCAAUUGAAGGUGAUACAGUUCCUAGGGAAAUCAGUGAAAAAUCUUUUACAGAGCACUCUAAAAAUGCACCUCUGCGGCAGAAGGAUGCUGACUUUAAUCAUAUCUCUGAUCAACCACUUGAGUUGCGAGCCGAUCAAGAACGUAGUUCAAGACCCAGUUCCAAAACCAAGAAAGGAAGCAGAAUAAAACCUGUUUGCGUUCAAGAACUGGAGGAUGAGGAUCAAGAAUUUGCAGCCAGUACUGAAACUCCUCGUCCCUCUUCCUCUAGAGACUCAUGUACCGCUCCAGUUAUGUCGCACUCUCCAAAAAAAGCCCCUUCCUCUUCCUCAAAGAUUAGAACGACCAGUAAUGGCUCCCCUGUUUCAGAGAAAAAAGGUCACAAAAGAAGAAAACUAAACAAUGACUCCCCAUUGAUGGAUCAAAGGUUGCCAAUCAUUGAAAAAAUAACUUUGGUAGAGCCCCAAACCUCAACUGCUUUAGCCAUUAACUCAAGUAAUUGUAAACGUACCCCCUCUCCAACGGUUGACAACUAUCCAAAAAGACGUGCUUCUUUGAGUGGACCAUUGACCCCUCAGAAAGAAUCACCUCUGAGCCUUCAGGAAAAGAUACUUUCCCUGACACCUAGGAACAGAAAACACAAGAAGAGGUUUUCUUUGGACAUAUCGAGACUAGAGAAGCAAGUUCAAGCGAAAGAUUCCCCUCAGCAUCUUCAAGAUCCCUUCAAGCUUGGAUCUCCAAUGCAAUUCAAAUGUCAAACUGCGACUAGUAUCGUACCGUUGGCUGAAACUUCAUUUUUGGAUGACAGUGAACAAGCUCUACUGAACUCUCAGGAUGAUUACAUAAAUGUUUCAUUAUCAGAGUUCUUAUCAAGCAUAAAUGUUACAUUUUAUGAUGACCUGGAUGUUGAUUGUGUACCAUACAAGAAUGGAAAAACGUUUGAUACGAAGCCAUCAUUGCAAGACUUCCUUUAUGCUUUCAAUAGAUUGAAUUUCUUACAGUUACUGGAAUUCAGCUGUAAAGAGCUCAGUUCGAACAUUGACGAGGGAAAGAUAAUUUUCAGCAACUUGGAAGCUGAGAUUUUAGAUGAUAACCCUCCUCUUAUCAGAGAAUAUAUGGAAUUGCAACACAACUCACAGCUGAAAAAGGAAAUGCAGCGAGAUUUUCAUCUUGUUAAGAACUAUUCAAGGCAGCAAGCCAGGGGAAUUUGGUAUAACUGGAGACUUCAAUUGCUAAAGGGUAUUGAAGAAUCUGUAACCAAGAAGGUUCAAACAUCAAGAGAAGCGAAUCUCCAACUAAAAAAACAGCUAGAACAACUCACUAUGGAAUAUGAUGAACAAUAUAAAAAUCGUUUUGUUGUAUUAAAGGACAAGUUAACUCAUUUGAGAAGGUGCAAACAGCUUUCUGAGGCAGUUGACAAGACGGAGUUAGAAAACUUUAGAAAGUUGUUUGAUGAAGUUCACAAUGAAAUUGAAGUAAAACAACAAGAAAUCAAAAGUUUGCAAUCUCAAUUGGACUCCUUGAAUAAAGAUAUUGCUUUGUUGAAUGAGAAUGUACUUAAAGCCAAUAAAGUUCUAGAAAAUAAAAAAGAUAUAAAGGAGCAGCAAUUAGACAAGAGUAUGGACAGGCUCAAGAAGAUAUGCGAUGGGCUCGAUAUCAGAUUUAUCGAACUGGAUCAAAAAAGUUGGGAGUUGAAAUUUGAGAUGUACCAAGCGAUUAAUGUAAGCUACUCAUUGCACCAAAACCGCAGUGUCGCGGUGAGUUGGUUAUUAGGGAAGAAGUCUCUUUUAGCGCCUUCAUUGGUAGAAAGUUAUCUUACAGGUUUGAAGUUCCUGAGCCUUUCUGAAAAGUGUAGAAGGAUCGUCAAUAUUGAUAAAGUGUUGACUAAGCUUGAUCUGAGAUUUCUAAUCAGAAGAGGCAAAGACGACAUUCUUACAAUGACAAGCAUUGAACUGAUUGAAAAUUGUAAAGUCAGCUUCGAAAUCAACGUUAGAAAGUGGAUAAUGAAGGAAAACUUUUUAAAGAUAUCCACAAGAUACUACGAAAAUGAAGAAAGGGCUCAAAAUAAAGAGGAUGCCGAAUUACUGGAAAAAUUCAACCAGCAAACAUUUCAGAUUUGUUAA